AUGGACGACUCAACAGAAGUUGUUGAAAUUAAAAUGGCCGAUAUAUCCUGGGCCGAAUUCCUUAAGUCACGAGCCUUAUAUGAUAUUACAAGUUCGAGCACGUCACUUCGUCUUGAAUUCCUAAAUCACUCUUUGUUACCUCGAAUAAAGGCUGGAGAUCUUUCUGACAAAUCACUCGGAAGUCUGCUUCGCCUCUUACUCUUAACCUGUUCGAGGUAUAAUGAUAGAGCUUCACGCCUUUCCAUAUUGAAUAUUUUUAAGGAAAUAAACAAUUGGAAUUCCGAGUUGUUUUUGAACACAUUCAUUCCUAUGGUCACUACGGAGGUUGAUAAUUUUGAUCGAAAAAGUCCAGACGGGAUAUAUGUUACAUCCUCAACAAUCCGAUUCGUUCUCCUUACCUGGGUAAAUGCAUUGAUCACCUUUGCGUUUGCGUCUGAUUUCACCUCGGAAUCAUCACCUCACCGGAAGAAUUUGAUCGAUUUGCAAGCAGCACUUUUAAAUUCGCUCGUUCAAAAAACUGAAAAAAAGAAAAGUAUAACUCGAAGCGCCAUGGCCGAUGUAAGACGUUGCGUUCGCAAGAACGCAGCACAUAUUCCAUUAUAUAUAACUUAUUUGACCUCUAGUUCGAAGUCGUGCACUCCUACAUAUAGGAAUGCUAUUUUACUCGGAACGGUCAUAGAUUGCUCUUUACGACUCAAGAAUGGAAGCGCCAAGGAAUAUGUGAAGAAUGCAAAGGAUGACAUUAUUCAGUUUUAUAUUACUGCUGUUGCUUCUUCUAAAUCCCCUGUGACUAGCACAUCCGCGGAUGCGUUACACAAAUUCAUGAAAAUGAUGGUGACAGAAGAUGAUUUUCAAACAAAGUUGAUUCCAACUUUUGAAAAACUUUUGCUAAGGGCUCCUGAAAUCGUGCUGAGCGUUGAGUUGUUAAACACGAUGAUUGAGAAAAGUAAAAAUGAUGCGAUCGUUAUAGAUAUUGUGAAAGAGAUUCUUCAAACUAUGAGCGGAGGAAAGAUUCUCAACCCAGAGCAUCGCGCGAUCAUCUUUCAAGUAUUAGGUCACAUACAUCAAUCUCCUGGAAUAGUUGGUAUCAUCAUUGAUGGACUAUUACCCAUCGUGUCUAAGGAAAGUAAUGAGAGUUCAUUAGCAAAAGCAAUCAAUACGCUGGAAUUACAUGCAGGGCUUUUGCUUAAAGCCGAGGAAAGUAAAGAAAUUGUUGAAAAAGUUACAAAGUUUAUUGUGGAUGGAUUAUCCAGCACCAAGAUUGGUGUGAAAAAAGCGUGGACUAUUGUAAUUGGACGCCUUGUUUGGGAAGAAACUGGCAAUCCAUCUGCAUCACUCCUUAAUGUUACUCAAAAGUCUUUACCGCCAUUGUUAUCGACGUUGGAAAAGAUUCAAGCAAAUCCUCUGAAUUUCGUUGGCAACCUCGUUGAAGGGUAUAUUACCGCGGCUGUCGCCGAAGGAAGAGCCAAAAAUUGGAAGGAUGAAGGGAUCAAUGCGUUGAUUCGUUCGAAGAAGCUUGCUCAAAGUAUUCUAGUGUCCUCUCCAAAACCCUCUUUCUUGUUAUGGGAUAAAAUAUACACAAAAUUGAACACUACCGAGGAAGGCACUUGGUUUCUUCGAUCUCUUGAAAGUGUCAUCAUUAACGAAAAUGUGGAAACCUUGAAAAAAUCCGAUGCCGGUCCCGAUAUUGUGGGUGGAAUUAUGCGUGAAGGGAUAACCAAUUGGGUAUUGAAUCUUGAGAGUAAUACCAAAGAUUCUACAGCUGUAUUAUCUUCGACGACUGCACAUUUAGAUCCUGCCGUCAACGCAUAUCUUCUUUCCAGAGUGCUUACUGCUAUCACCACGUUCUCUAAAACUGUCGACCAAUCGGUUGUCGAAGAUUCACUCGUUGAACUUUUUGUUUUGGCUCAUCAUCCUGCUAUUGUGUCACCCACCAACAAGUAUAAUUGGAUCUCGUUAGUGCAAAGAGCUCAAGUUGAUCCUGGAAAAUUGGUUGAAAAAUAUUCCGCUCGACUUCUAGAGAUAAUAAAACAGAGCGAAGUGAAAUCCAAGAACUUUUAUAAAGCUGCAAUGUCAGCAAUUGCUACCGUCACUUUCAUUUCACCAAAUGUGUUUAUACCGAUUUUUCUUUCGCAAUGUCGCGAAUACCUGAAUUCCUCGUUGCUUGAAAAAAUAGGCAUUCAGGAUAUUGAAAUAUGGAAGACUGAUGAAGGAACACUAUUCGUUGAUGUUUUAAAACGAAAUCAAAAAAGCAUAGUGGAGAAUCGGAAUCGAAAAGACUAUCAAACUGAGAAGUGGGAACAGGAAAUUCGCGAACAAAUCGCCAAAAAGAAGGGUCAUACUUCAGCUCCAAAGCUUUCAAAAGAUGAACAAGCGUCAGUAAAAUUACAGCUAGCGAAAGAAUCUCAGAUACGUAAACAUGUCGAAGAAACUCGUCUAAAAUUAAUAAAAGGUUUAGAUAUAAUAGAAGCCAUGGUGGAUGGUAAUGCUGAGGCCACCGAACCACAUAUAGUAGAGUUAAUGAGAUUGCUUUACACAGUCGUACAAAAAGGCGGCCCUCUUAUUGGAGAAAAAGGAGUUAAUGCAUAUUUGAAAAUUGGUCUAUGUACUUCCGAAAAAAUUGAAGGCAUUCGUGUACCUAUUGGAUUGGCUACUUUACGUUCCACGAACAUUCAGGAAAUUCCCGAAAAAUGGCUCCAAGAGACGCUAAUAAUCCAAAAGGGUGGCAUAGGACCCCAUAAUGGAGAAGCCGGUGAAGCUGAAUUGUUAAUGGAGCAAAUUACACUUGGCUUGGAUAUCAUUUCUUUUCAUUCGGCACUUGGUUCUUCACCAUUGCUUCCUAGAACUGAAAUGAUCCAAGCACUGUUACUUGUGAUCAAAAAUUAUCCAAAACUGGCAAAAACGGCAAGAACUGCUUUAAUAAGUUUGUGUGAAGCGAUCGAAGACAAUGCGACUGAGAAGGAAUUGGAUGCCUUGUUCGCAGGAUUGCUUUCCGCUGAAGCGUACGUUCGUCACGCAUGCCUGCAAGCAUUAGAAUACCUAUACUUUGGACACAUUGGUUUCUCUCGUGAAUUGUGGAUUUCGUGCCACGAUGAUGAUGAAAAUAAUGAAAAGUUGGCUUUGGCCUUAUGGGAAGAUAACGAGAUGGAAGUUUUGCCAAGUUAUGCCGUUGAAAUUUUACCUCUUUUGGUGGAUGGUGACUCAUACAUUAGGUCUUGUGCGGCUAAAGCUAUUGGAAGUGCAGCACAAUCCAUUCCAGAUUCGAUAGACAAUACACUUGAAUUGAUAUUUGAUCUUUACAAGGAGAAGGUUAAGCCAAUUGAACCAGAAUAUGAUGAGUUUGGUAUUAUCAAAACGGAGUCGUUGAACAAACAAGAUCCGUGGGAAGCGCGUGUGGGAUUGGCCCUUGCACUUGUUGCUAUCGCGCCGCAUAUGAAUUCAUUGAGCUUGAAAUCAUUCUUUGAAUUCUUGAUUUUUGAAAAAGCUGUCGGUGACAAACACGCACAAGCUGGCCUGACCGCUAUUGACCUUCACGGUGGCAAGAACAUUAAUUUAUUGAUGCCAGUGUUUGAGAACUAUUUGGAUCAACCCGCUGAGCCCACUGAAACCCAUGACCGUAUCCGCGAAUCUGUCGUCAUUUGGUUUGGAGCCUUGGCUCGGCACUUAAAUCCCACAGACUCAAGAAUACCUGCGAUAAUCGAAAAACUUCUUGAGACACUGAAAACUCCGGCCGAGUCUGUUCAAAUGGCUGUCGGAGAAUGUUUACCGCCCCUAAUUAAAUCGAUGAAAGACAAGUCGCCAAAAUUGAUUGAUAGUCUGUUACAUCAACUCCGUCAUUCGGACAAGUAUGCAGAACGAAGAGGCGCUGCGUACGGUCUGGCCGGUGUAGUUAAGGGAACUGGUAUUUCGGCUUUAAAGGAUUGUGAGGUGAUGAAAAUUUUGAAAGAGAGCAUUGAUAAUAAAAAGGAUUACAGAUUUCGGCAGGGUGCCAUGUUUUCUUUUGAAACAUUAUCGCAAAGUUUGGGGCGUCUUUUUGAACCUUACAUCAUUCAAAUUUUGCCAUUAUUGUUAUCGUGCUUUGGCGAUCCUCAUCCUGACAUUCGAGAGGCAACAUCGGAUGCGGCCCGUGUAAUAAUGAGUAAAAUUAGUGGUCAUUGUGUUAAACUCAUUCUACCAACACUUCUGGUCGGAUUGGAGGAUCGUCAAUGGCGAACAAAGAAAGGGUCGAUCGAGUUGUUGGGAGCUAUGGCAUUUUGUGCACCAAAACAAUUAUCAAUUUCUCUGCCUACAAUAGUUCCGAGACUGACCAACGUGUUAACGGAUUCACACGCAAAUGUUCAAGCAGCCGCAAAUCAAGCCUUAUUACACUUUGGGGAGGUUAUCAAUAAUCCAGAAAUUCAGGAACUUGUACCAACCUUACUUAGUGGACUUAGCGAUCCAGAUAAGAAUACCAACGCCGCUCUAGAUUCAUUACUCGCGACAGCAUUUGUUCAUUACAUUGAUGCUCCAUCAUUAGCAUUAGUGAUGCCAAUACUGGAACGUGGUUUAAAGGAGAGAAGCACAGAGGUUAAGAAAAAGUCAUCGCAAAUCGUUGGAAACAUGGCUUCUCUGACAGACGUAAAAGAUCUUACUCCGUAUUUAACACGAAUUUUACCUUGCCUCAAAGAAGUUUUGGUGGAUCCCGUACCCGAGGCUCGGGCGACGGCUGCCAAAUCACUAGGAACCUUGGUGGAAAAGCUAGGUGAAGAUAAAUUUCCUAACAUCGUCAAUGAACUUAUUCACACUCUCAAGUCAGACACUAGCGGUGUUGAUCGACAAGGUGCUGCUCAAGGUCUUAGUGAAAUAUUGGCAGGGCUGGGACUGGAAAGGCUUGACGGGCUUCUGCCUGAUAUCAUAACAAAUUCCACAAGUUCAAAAUCUUAUGUUCGCGAGGGGUUCAUUUCAUUGCUCAUAUAUCUUCCUGCAACAUUUGGUAUUCGAUUCCAACCUUACCUUGGUCGUAUAAUCCCUCCAAUAUUAUCUGGUCUUGCUGAUGAAUCGGAAUAUGUGCGAGAUGCGUCGCUCCGAGCAGGUCGGAUGAUUGUUGUAAAUUAUGCAACCAAAGCUGUUGAUCUUUUGCUUCCAGAACUGGAGAGAGGAUUAUUUGAUGAUAAUUGGAGAAUACGGCACAGUUCCGUUCAGCUCAUGGGCGACCUGUUAUAUCGUAUAGUUGGAAUCAGCGGAAAGACCACCAUCGAAGGUGAAGAAGAAGAAGAAACCGUUGGAGCCGAAGUUGGUAAAAAGGCUUUGUUGGAAGCUCUUGGAAAAGAAAGGCGGGAUCGUGUUUUGGCUGCCAUCUACAUCGUUCGACAAGACGUUUCUGGCACCGUUCGUCAAGCAUCAAUACACGUAUGGAAAGCCAUAGUUUCCAACACACCUCGCACCGUCAAAGAAAUACUUCAUGUAAUGACGGGAAUGAUUAUACGAAACUUGUCAAAUCCAAGUUAUGAACGACGCCAAGUGGCCGCCCUCACCCUUGGUGAGCUUGUUCGUAAGCUUGGUGAAAGCGUUCUUUCCGAAAUCAUUCCAAUUCUAGAAGAAGGCCUAGAAUCAUCAGAGGCCGAUAUGCGUCAAGGAGUUUGCAUUGGGUUAAAAGAAAUAAUGGGUACUGCUGGAAAGAUCCAAGUCAUUGAUUAUGUUGACUCCAUUAUACCUGCAGUCAGAAAAGCAUUGGUCGAUGAAUCUGGAGAGGUUCGCGAGGCUGCAGCUCAAGCAUUUGAUACACUUCAACAGCAUGUUGGUGAUAAGGCAAUCGAUGAAAUUUUGCCUACACUUCUUAAUUCUUUGAAAUCCGGAGACGAUUCGGCCUAUGCAUUGGAAGCAUUGAAGGAAAUAAUGGCAGUGCGUGCGAAUGUCGUAUUCCCAGUCCUCAUACCUAAUUUAAUUGCCAUACCAAUUUCCUCAUUUAACGCUCGAGCUCUUGCGUCCUUGGUAACGGUUGCCGGCGCGGCGCUCAACAAACGAUUGGCAAGCAUCCUUACCGCUCUUAUGACAUCAUUGAACGUAGAAUCCGACGAGAACACUAUCGCGGAACUUAAAGAAACAGAACGGGCAUUGUUACUUUCCGUUGAUAAUGCCGAAGGACUUCAAACUUUAAUGAUUAUGCUCUUUGAAGCGGCUAAAAGUGACGAUCCCGCUAAGCGGGCUGGUGCAUGUGACAUUGUUGCAAUCUUUUGCAGUGAAACAAAAAUGAACUUUUCGCGAUAUUCAUCGGAAUGGAUACAUGUGCUUGUUUUACUUUUAGACGAUCGUCAACAAGAAGUCGUGAUUUCAGCGUGGAACGCUUUAAAUGCCGUAACCAAAUCGAUUAAAAAAGACGAAUUGGAACAAUUGGUGACUCCAGUCCGUCGUGCUGUGAAAACAGUUGGCGUUCCAGGUGUUGACUUACCCGGUUUUUGCCUGCCAAAAGGAAUCAGCCCUAUACUCCCGAUAUUUUUACACGGAUUGAUGUAUGGUACUGCAGAAAUCCGUGAGAACUCUGCUUUAGGAAUAGGGGACCUUAUUCAAAGGACCUCAGCCGAUGCACUUAAGCCAUUCGUGACGCAAAUUACUGGUCCACUGAUUCGAAUUAUCGGGGAACGUUAUCCUCCACAAGUUAAAGCAGCCAUCUUACAAACUUUAAGCCUCCUCCUUACCAAGGUUCCUGCCCUCCUCAAACCAUUCCUUCCACAACUUCAGCGAACGUUCAUAAAGUCAUUAACCGAUCCCUCGAGUGCUCUCGUCAGAUCACGUGCUGCAUCUGCCCUUGGUAUUUUGAUUUCGUUGCAAACACGCGUCGAUCCUCUUAUUUCCGAGUUGGUCACGGGAAUCAAAACAAGCGAGCCGAAUGUACGAGAAGCAAUGCUAAGCGCGUUGGAAAGUGUCGUAAACAAGGCGGGAAACAGUAUGAAUGAAACUUCAAAAAAAGGAGUUUUGGGAGUUAUAAAAGAAGGGUUAAGUGAUAGUAAAGGGAAUUGUGAUUGGUGCCUCGCGUCUACUUGGUAG